AUGGCGCUCAAUAUUAACCAACUCCCAUUGGAGUUGCUAGAUAUGGUUUUCGACCAUCUAAAGCUUCCUCAUCAAAUCACAGCUAGCCAAGUUUGUCUCCUAUGGGAAGCCAUUUUCAACAACCGCAUCAAAGUCCCAAGUAAACGCUAUAAGCGUUUCUAUUCCUCACAUGGCGCGGUCCCACAGCGAAUCCAUCGAUUACUUGCCCUGAAUGAAAGUUGGUUUGUAGAUCACGAAGACCCAGCAACCGACGAUGCAAUUGAUUACAUCCUCUUCACUCGAGGGUCUGAUAAAGCCCAAACAACUCUGAGUUUCACAAUCAAAAAUUUCGAGAUUGAUCAGUAUAUGGUGCAGAUUUGGAAGAAUAACCUUCACGGAUGGAAACGCAAAACCAUAAACAUAACGGACCAUUCGAUCCUCGACGAGCCACUGUUCAGCAAUGACACAAUUGUCGCAAUGGAACAAAGUGAAGAGGAAUACGAAAUUCCGGAGGGCUUCCCCCGGCUUGCCUAUAGUAAAGCAGCCCUAAGAGAUUACAGCAGAUUCAAUGCUAGUUUUAUCUCCAAACAGACCAAGGGCGUCAUCUCAGCAGCAAAAAAUCGAUUUUGUAUCGAGAUGUUGGAUAACCCUUACAGUGGCUACAAUCUACAGAGACCGAACCACUGUGGCUGCAAUCUCAAGCUUCAUUUCGGCUUGAGAUGCAAGAGAUAUCUCCACAUGACUCUUCGCGAGUUCCUUCGGAGCAUAUGGGAAGAGACCAAAAUAUAUAUGCUAACCCAGAUCGUGGACGUCGAUUUGGAUAGCAAAGACAGCCAAAAAGAUAUAGAAAUUUCUCGCUUCCCAAACAUUAAAUAUGCAUCGGUGGAGCUAACAUACGGGUGGGCUGAAGAUAUGGUAUUAGUGUUGAGGGGAGUGCGAAAGGGUAAGAGGAAUUAUGACGAUGGUUGCAAUGAAUGUAGCCGGGUUUGGGCUGUUCCGCAAUCACCAAAUCCUCUUUCACAGUUUCGAGAUUUCCCCCGUAACGUACGGGAAACUGAGACGGAGGAAGAUGAUGAUCUCCCGGUCCCCCAACACUGA